ACAACAGAAGAAGAUCUCCGAAGCUUGUUCUCAAAGUAUGGCAGUGUAAAAUUUACAAAGAUCAUUGUUGAUCGUAACGGAGUUUCCAAAGGGUAUGGUUUUGUAACAUUUGAAACUGAAGAAGAAGCUAAACAGGCACAAAAAGUGGCUGAGAACAUAGUAUUAAAGGAUAGAAAAUUAAACAUAGCACCAGCAGUGAAGAAACAGCCCUUCACCAGAGUUUAUGAUACUCCAGUGGUGUCUAACGGAUCAGUGAUCGUCUACCAUAAUGGAAUUCCAUAUGUCUAUCAAAAUCCUGGUUCUGUUGUCCUCAACCCAGAACCCACUUACCAUUUCCAGCAGCCUCAGGCUACCUACCCUAUGGUCUAUGCUCAACCAGUUUAUCUACCUCAGCAGUACCAGUUUCACCAUGUGACACCUGGUGUUCCCACGCACUGUGUCUACCCAUCAGCUGCUGCCCAUCCACCAGCUGGUACCUCGGCUUCCACUCCCGAGAUGUAUCAAAUUAUAACUGUCCCUGUUUCUUCCAAUCCUCUUCCAGGAACACCAGCUUAUACGACAAAUCAAGCGGCCACAACUGGUCCCAUUCAUGUGUUAGAACAUCCAGAGAACUCCCAUUCCGAUGGAGCAGCAGCGGAGCAGGAGAAUCGAGUGUCCUACUCUUCGAGGCCAAACUCUGCCGGUGAAGUAGUUUGUGGGAGCCCUUCCAACAUGGUUGCAUCUGUAAGAGUUACUAUGACUGGAAACCCAAUGAUGCAAGGUGCUGGUGAUGCCACAAGGGGAUACACCCUAACUGAAAAUUGUGGCCACCAGGCUCAGUUCAUGUCUAAGUCUGUCAGUGGUGUAACUGUCAUGGCUUAUCCUGCACCAGUUGUCCUCGCUCGUUCUACAUCGCUAUCUAAGAUCUCUGCCGAGAAAGGCUACGAGGGUGUCAAUAAUAAUUUGAGUGACUGUAAUAUUUCAAGUAAUAUGACUGCCGAAGCUCUAACUCCACCACCAACUCCCGUUACUCGUACAAGUCAGAAUGGAAGUAGAAUUAAUGCUCUUGUGAAGGAAAUGACCAACCAGUUGCAGACCUUUAACUUAUAAAAUGUAGACUUAAUAUCUUAUAAACUAUUUUUAAACCAUGAAUUUUUGUACAUUCUCUGUGCUUUAGUCAAAAGUAAAGGUGCCAAAAGUUAAGUAUUUUUUUACCUAGCUGGUGAAGAGUGUUUUUAGACACUGCAUCAAAUUUCUAAAGGAAUCUUUGCAGGAAAUUUAAUUAAGCUUAGUGUCUUGAAAUGGUUAGAAAUAAUAUACAAAACUGUAUAUAUAUAUAUAUUUAUUGAAAUGGCAUUAUUAGGUGCCAAAUUAAAGGGCCUUCUUUAUUGUUUGGUUGUAGAAGUUACUUUAAUAGCUAGAACUUAGUGGGCCUUGUAGGGUUCAUUUGGAAAAGUUUCUUCAAUUUCUACAAAUCAUUUGGCCUUAUUUACAGUAAAAGUUACUUGAAAAGCUACAAAAAUAAUGGGCCUUGUUUUAGGGCUCUUGUCUAAAAAUUACCUUAAUGCCUACAAAAGUAAUGGGGCAUGAUUAAGGCUUGUGUCUAAAAGUCGCCUUUACACCUAACAAAAAUAAUGGGCCUUGAUUAGGGCUUAUGUCUAAGUAUUGCUUUGAUGCCUUUAAAAAAUAAUAGGCCUUAUUUAGGCCACAUGUCUAAAAAUUGUGUUAAUGCCUAGAAAAGUAAUGGACCUCCUUUUAAGGCUCAUGUCUAAAAAUUACUUAAACAUCUUAAUAAAAAAUUGGCCUUAUUUUAGAGUUUGUGUCUGAAAGUUGUGUUAACAUCUACAAAAGAUAAUGGGUCUUGUUUAAGAUACAUGUCUAAAAAUUACAUUAAUGCCUACAAAAAUAAUGAGCUUCAUUAAGGUCACAUGACUAAAAGUUUAACUCCCACAGAAAUAAUUGGCCUUGUUUUAGAGUUUGUGUCUAAAAGUUGUGCUAACAUCUACAAAAAUAAUGAACUUCAUUAAGGACACAUGACUAAAAGUUUAACUCCCACA